CUCCAUUCCUCCCUCCUCCCUCCUCCCUCCGCCCUGCGUGCGCGGCCGGGAGCCGGGGCCGGCGGUGCCCAGCGCAGCCCCCCCGCCGGCUGCAGCAGCGCAGCCGCCCCCGCCGGGGUGCGCGCCCGCGGCAGCUCCGCAGCAUCGCCCGCCCGCUGCCCUCUGCGCCCGGCGUGCAGAUGGAGCAUGGUGGUGUCCUGCAGAAGGUCCCAGCCAGUCUGCCAGCGCAGGAGGGAGCUGGGGCGCAGGGAUGCAGCCACAGCUCUGAUCAGGCACUGCCAAAACUGUCCGUGACCCACCUCCGCGGAGCCCAGCACCAGCCAUGAGCGGCUUCUUCUCACGCCUGGACCCACGGCGGGUGCCGUGGGGGGCGGCAGGCCAUGCCUUGCGUACCCGUGUCCUGCGCACCAAGCCCGUGGAGUCAAUGCUGGAGGGCACAGGGACUGCCACCGCCCAGGGCGCCAGGCUGGCCAAGGUCCUCACCACCCUGGACCUCAUCUCCCUCGGCGUCGGGAGCUGCGUGGGCACUGGCAUGUACGUGGUGUCCGGCCUGGUGGCCAAGGAGAUGGCGGGGCCUGGGGUCAUCGUUUCCUUCAUCAUCGCCGCCGUUGCCUCCAUCUUGUCAGGCGUUUGCUAUGCUGAGUUUGGCGUGCGGGUGCCCAAGACCACGGGCUCUGCCUACACCUACAGCUACGUGACGGUGGGGGAGUUUGUGGCAUUCUUCAUCGGCUGGAACCUCAUCCUGGAGUACCUGAUCGGCACGGCCGCGGGCGCCAGCGCCCUCAGCAGCAUGUUCGACUCGCUGGCCAACCACACCAUCAGCCGCUGGAUGAUCAACAGCGUCGGCACGUUGAACGGACUAGGGAAAGGAGAGGAGUCAUACCCUGACCUUCUUGCUCUUGUCAUUGCUGUCAUUGUCACCAUCAUUGUGGCCAUGGGGGUGAAGAACUCGGUGGGGCUGAACAACGUGCUCAACGUCAUUAACCUGGCAGUCUGGGUCUUCAUCAUGAUUGCUGGUCUCUUCUACGUCAAAAGUGACAACUGGUCUGAAGGGCAAUUCCUGCCAUUUGGAUGGCCAGGGGUGCUCAAAGGGGCCGCGACGUGUUUCUAUGCCUUCAUCGGCUUCGACAUCAUCGCUACCACGGGAGAAGAAGCGAAGAGUCCCAACACCUCCAUCCCCUACGCCAUCACGGCCUCACUUGUCACGUGCUUGACAGCAUAUGUGUCCGUGAGCAUCAUCCUCACACUGAUGGUGCCGUACGACGCCAUCGACACCGAGUCCCCACUGAUGGAAAUGUUUGUGGCCCAUGGCUUCUACGCAGCCAAGUUCAUCGUUGCCAUUGGGUCCGUGGCCGGCCUUACCGUCAGCUUGCUGGGCUCCCUCUUCCCAAUGCCGAGAGUCAUUUAUGCCAUGGCUGGUGAUGGGCUGCUCUUCAGAUUUUUGUCCCACAUCAGUUCUUACACGGAGACUCCCAUAGUGGCUUGUAUCGUCUCUGGAUUCCUCGCAGCAUUGCUUUCCUUGCUGGUCAGCCUGCGGGACCUGAUAGAAAUGAUGUCCAUCGGCACGCUGCUCGCCUACACACUGGUCUCCGUCUGCGUCCUGCUCCUCCGAUACCAGCCCGAGAGCGACAUCGAUGGUUUCGUCAAAUUCCUCUCCGAGGAGCACACCAAGAAGAAGGAGGGCAUCCUGGCCGACUGCGAGAAGGAAACUUGCUCCCCAGGGAGCGAAGGAGAAGAGUUUGCCGGCCCACCGACCAACACAUGUGGGGCAAAAAAUCUGCCAUCGCUGGGGGAUAACGAGAUGCUAAUUGGGAAAUCCGAUAAAUCGACUUACAACGUGAAUCACCCCAAUUAUGGCACGGUUGACAUGACCUCAGGUAUAGAGGCAGAUGAAUCUGAGAACAUCUACCUCAUCAAGCUGAAGAAGUUGAUCGGCCCUCGCUACUACACCAUGCGGAUCCACCUGGGAUUGCCGGGGAAAAUGGACCGUCCCACGGCAGCCACUGGCCACACGGUCACCACCUGCGUUCUCCUGCUCUUUGUCCUGAUGUUCAUCUUCUGCUCCUUCAUCAUUUUUGGGGCAGACUACAUCUACGAGCAGAGCUGGUGGGCUGUCCUCCUCGUCGUGCUGAUGAUCCUGCUCAUCGUUGUGCUGGUGUUUGUGAUCUUGCAGCAGCCAGAAAACCCCAAGAAGCUGCCCUACAUGGCACCUUGUCUGCCCUUCGUCCCUGCCUUCGCUAUGCUGGUGAAUAUCUAUCUCAUGCUGAAGCUCUCCACAGUCACGUGGAUCCGAUUUGCCGUCUGGUGUUUUGUGGGUCUGCUCAUCUACUUUGGCUACGGGAUGUGGAACAGCACGCUGGAGAUCAGUGCCCGCGAGGAGGCCCUUCACCAGAGCACCUACCAACGCUACGACGUGGACGUCGACCCCUUCUCCGUGGAUGAUGGCUUCUCCUAUGCCACCGAGGGUGAGGGCUACCCAGGCUGGGGUCCCUCCGAGGACAAGGGCUUCUCAUACCAGCAAAUGGCAGGAGCAAAGGAAAGCCAUCGGACGAGUAGCAGGUCGAAAAGCAAAGGCAGGCACAAACCGCCAUCGGAGGCUCUCAUUGCCAACGACGAGUUGGACUACUCGCCUGAGUAGCGGGGCGGGCAGCGGGUCGCCAUGCCGCCCAGCCGAUGAGGAAGGGUCCCCGCAGCUUCCCUGUCCUGUCCCAUCCUCCCCGGGUCCUCCACCACCACCCCGCUCACCUCCAGUCCUCGGGACACGCUCUGCGAUUGCCGUUGACCACGAACCAAACACACCCGUGGUCUGUCCCAGCUCCACUGGUCAGGUCCCACUCUGGUGAAUGCCGGCCGAUGCCCCGGCACCAGUUGAUCUCCUGGCACCAGCCACACCAGCGGAGGUGGUGGAGUGGGAGAUGUGCCAAACUGGUGGAAGGAGCCACAUGAGGGGAUGAGACAAGUUGUCCCCAGGGAAUGUCCACCUAACAGCCGCAGUGGUGAGAUGCCACUCUUACAUUCUUGGCACUUUCUUAGCAUGUGUCUUUUUUCAUUUUGAACCACCUUAGAAGUAACAGCUGAGCCAGAGGGACAGAUGGGCAGGUAGGUACAAAAUAGAGAUGGACAAACCUCUUUCAAGGGAGUAGCUCAGAGAUGGGUCCAGGGAUGUUGGUCCCAUCACACAGCAUUUCCAUGGCCUGUUCUGGUGCAAAGGCACUCAGUGCACACAGCAGUGCUACCCCCGUGUCCAUCCCCGCACCAUGAAUCCAAGCAUCCCAAAUACUGUGAUUCAAAAUUAGUCCGUGUCUCAAUCAAACCUUGAAAUCCCAGCACGGCUGAACAUCCCAAAUCUGUGGUUGGGAGCCUGGUCCCAUUUCUGGUCACAGCAAGGGCUGUGAACCACUCUUGGCUCAACCCACCUUGUGUAAAUGGUCAACAAGGACCACACACCGUUUCUCUGAGCAUCACCGGUCUGAGGCUGGGCGCUGUUUUCACCACGUUGUGUCUUUUACAAAAAUGACUGUGCUGUAAUUCUCUCACUGCGGUGGGCCUCGGUGCUUCAGGGACGUGUCCAUGCCCCGGCAAAAUAGCAAUGUCCGUAGGUGAGCCAUGUCUUGGCAGGGCUGGGCCACAGACGGCAAGCAGAGAGGACUCGGCUGCUGAAAUCUCCCUCCCUGCUGCCAUCUCCACCUUGUACCAUCUUCUCUGUUUCUGACCCUGGCUUGGUGGAUGCUGUAUGAAAAAACACUGAAAUGCUGCUCGUUCUAUAAGUGUCCGUAUUUCAGUCCGAAACCAAACGGAGCUGGUGGCUCGCAGGGCAGAGGUGGUCAGCAGGCGGAUGUUUCUCAUAGUUAACCCCUUUGGUUUGGCCAGAGCAUGGCCAUGACCCCAGCAGUGCCAUCAGGUUCCCUGCCGCCAGCGUCCCCGCAGCACCGUCAGCGGUGGUGGGGUUUGGUCGCAGCCACUGUCUACCCCAGCACAGACAGCAGCUGCACUGCUGAGUCAGCGAUUAGCAGCAGGUCUAGUUCUGGAGCCCUUCACCAACAUGCGUAAUUUAAAACACUGCAACGGAGGAACAUCUUUUUGAGUAAAUAAUAACCCAGGAAGCACCCCAUCAGAGAGCAACACCCAUCCUCCUCCCGGCUGCCUAAGGCUGCAGCCGGAUGCAUCCCUGGGGCUCCCCUGGAGCAGCCCAGACCAACCCCCAGUACCAGGGGCUGCUGCUGGCAUCCCAGGGGAUGAUUUAACAUCAAUGGGGGCACGAGGCAGGAUUUCCAACCGGUGAUGCUGAGAACCAUUAAUACAUUGGUUCACUGGAUGAGGCUUAGCCCCCCAAAACACAGCGCAGAGACUGCCUGGCACCCUUGUGGGCAAGGGGCUGCCAGGUGCAGAGGGUGCCUGGAAUCACGCCCAUCCCCAUCGCUCCUGGGGCUCAAGGGCUCGAUGGAGAGGCUCCGGCCAUGGCUGCAAGUUUCCCACCUGCAGCUCCUGUCUCAAAGAGUCACAAACUACAGUCCUUUUCCCAGUGGAGAAGAGCAUCUGAUUCUGCAGAUUUUAACCCGGAGCACCCUGGGCAAGCCAAGGGAAGUUUGGCCUCCACGAGGGCUUCAGGGUGGGAGCGAGGAUUUGGCGAAAGGACCCGUAAGCUUCGCUCUGGCAUCCCCUCCCACUGCCCGCCCCUACCACGCUUCUACAAGUAGAAAACCUGAGUGUAUCCCACUGAAAAGCUAUUUGCAAUGUGUGCACCACGCACGGGCCAGCUCGGGAAACCUUUCCGACGGUGCCAAGCGCCUCUCGCAAAGGUCACCUCUCACUCGCGCUUGGCUGCUCUCAUCCUCGAUGCCUUAGAAGUACCCAAGAGAGAUGGCACCUCGCAGGUCUGGCUUUACGUUUUCAGGGAGAAAGAUCGAUGCUAUUUUCCUACCAGCUCUUAUACUAUACCGUAUCCAAGGUAGUCGUCUUCGUCCUGCUUCCUGCACGGUAUUUAGGCAUCUGCUGAACCACAAAUUCAUGCCCAAGUACCCUGUCGAAUCGAAGCCUGUUACUCCUUUUGCAGCCUUAAACUCUUGCUACAGAGCAGUUACCAGUACCAGUGUCUGUCAUCAUGUCCGCUCUAGUUAUGCUGUAUCAUUUGAUGAGGGCUUGAUCCCUUGCUCUUUGGCAUCUGUAGGAACCUCUCCAUUGGACCCAUGCAUUGAGUGAAGCCCUUCAGCUGCUCUUGUUCCUGUUCACCCAUCCUCCUUCCUCCUCCCGGGAAGUGCCAGGACAGGAUGGCUGCACCGUGUCCCUGGGACCGCCGGGAAACAGCAUUUGAUGCCACGGCACUGUCUGGUGUGGACGGGCUGCUGUCAGCCCUUGCCGUGGCAGGGAGUGGGAGCCGUACCCUCCUCCUGAGCCCAUCACAUCCCCCUAACGUUGGAGUGUAAGGAGAAGGCAGCCGAGCUGCAGGCUCCCCCCACCCUGCUCUGAGCAGCAGUGCCUGGGGGACACGCGGGUUCAGCCCUCGUUUGGGAGCUCAGGCGCUUUCCCUGGUAGCAGGCAUUGGGGUCUUCAGUGGGCACAAACAAAAGCUGCAAAGGCCAAAAUGUCCGGACGUGUCCGUCACCUCUGGGCACCACUGGCCCCAGGGGGGCGGUUUCGGAUGCUGGGAGGAGGUGCAAGCGCUUGUUUUGCUGUAACCCCAACAUGCAGCCUUUCCCCCUGGGUGCCCUCAGGGAGGUUCUCACACCCCUGACCCAUCAGGCGGACACAGGCAGAGCGGUACCACCUCGCUCCCACCACCGGUGAGAGCCACACAGCCCCCCCCACGCCUCACCCCCUCCACAGGCCACGCAUCCUGGGGCACCCAAUGCAUGAUACAGAUGGAGCAGAAAUACCUCAAACCUUCCAGACUGACUCGAUAAGAUCUCAGUCCCUCCACAGAUUCACUCCACACAGUUAGGACCACUCGGUUAUGAGGCCCAGCACACCGGCAUCCUCCACGCGGCAGAGAAAUCACACCCCGAAACGACAUGGGAUGUUGUAAAUCCAGCUUCUAAAUGAUCUUCACUUCGUUUUGUUCGGUCUUUCUGAUGUAUAUCUUGCUUUUUUUGCAGAUGGUACUUUCUGGUGUAAUAAUUCUCUGCAGUUCUGGUAUGAAAUUGGUGUAUUUGUUAAAAAAAGUUUGUUCUAUUAAUUAAUUUUUUUUUGUGGUUUCCAAAAGCCCAUUGAUGCAUUGUACAAUGGGAUCUUGUAGUGUGUCAUGAGACAGAAAAAAAAAUAUGCAGAUAUGUUAUGGAGUGAUUUUUAUUUUCAAAUGAUUGUGUUGUUGACAACUAUACAUAUAAUAUAUAUAUAUAAUCAAGAUACUAAGAAAAAAAUCUAAAUUUACCAAAAUCUGUAUAUUUUAAUAAAUGCAUAAAGCUUUAUUGUGUGCCUUUACAUUUAAAAAUCAAACAGGAAGUAAUGGAUUUUUAAAGAAAGCCAGAGACAACUGUGUCUUAGCAUCAGUCUCCAUAGUAAUGUAAAUCUUUUAAAUGAAAAACUAAAUCAAAAAAUAAGAAAAAUAAAAAAUCCCAUAUAAACUUUGUUAAGUCAAUCGGUACCUGAAGAUCUGAUAUAUGUUCAAUGCUAAAUCGAAGAUGAACAAAUCUUGCCUUACGUGCUUCAAAAUUUCCUUUGUAGAAGAUCCGUUUCAAUGGGCUAACUUUGGUAUUUACUUGCACUGUUGUGAAAAAAAAUGGUUAUGAGUUUACACAAUAAAAAAAAAAAAG